UGCUCCGGUACAUGCUGUCGGAGCUCUUCUAUUCGGUGCAGAUCUGUGCGCGGCGGCUCCGUCGCCAUGGUGACGCAGAUAGAAACACGGGUGGACAACACGGCGUCAUCAGUCUGCGUGCACGAAAACAAACGCCAAAAAAGACGAUUUUGAAGUGUCCAAUGUGUGAGCCUGGGCCUUCGUCCAUAUCUGGGCCAAUCCCCCCAGAUCCUUGUGUUUUCCCUCAACACUCCAGACGACCUUCUUCAGCUCGUGGCCGUUUAGAGGGACACACUGGGGGGCCUGUGGCCCUGCUGUCGGGGCCUCUGGCUCCAGACCCUGUCCUGUACCCAGGCUGCUACAGUGCUCGUACCCCAGCGCAACGCCCUCGCAUUGGCCCUAAUGCCACUCAUAUUCUGGAAAGAGGACAGAAGGGAGUAAUGGGAGAACUACUCAAACUAGAUGGGCUCUCUGUAGUUCCUGUUCCCAAACCCAAGCAGCGUGUGCAUGACUUUGGCAAAGAGAACGUACGUCGGCUGAGGGAGAUCCAGAAACGCUGCAAAGAGCAGGAGGCUGAGAGGGCCCAGUCCCGCCAGACUCCAGUCAAAGCUCUUUGGACCUCGUCUAAAUACCAGAACGUCCCAUCCAGAGUGAAGGCCCAGCUGCAGGUUCCUAAUCCACCAGUUAAACCACAGUGUCAGAACUUUCUGAAGGCCCAUUGGGGAUCUGGAGCACCUGCCACACCACACUCCAAGGCAGUGCAGCGCUCCGCCUCCUGCAGCUCUAUACGAGACCACGAGUUACAGAUCCAGCUCCAGAUCCAAGGCCAGACCAUAGACUUCAUCAAACACAAUGCGCGGUGUGCCCGUAAAACUGGGCUGCGUCGCUGUCAGUCCCUGACGAGCCUCAGAGACAGACCUGUUCCCAGUGCAGUGAAGGGCCAGGUGCCUCAGUACCUUGAGGCGAGGAAGGAGCAGUGGAGGAAAGAGGAAGAGGAGAGGAGGAAGAAGGCCCCUGAUCCCAGCCUUCCAGCUGGUCACACUCUGAUGCCGGACACCAAGAGGCUGGAGACUCUGCAGUCCCUCAAAGACACUCAUCGCACCCUGGUAACUGAGUUACUGUCACUUCCACUAAAAGCUGACAACCUGAGUGUCCGUUCGCGCCGCACUCACCUGGAUUGUAGGCUUUCUGAAAUUGAGGAAGCCAUUAAAAUCUUCUCCAGGGACAAAGUUUAUGUGAAAAUCGAUUCCUAACACAGAAGAAUGAAGAAAGAGGAGGAGAAAAUAACAGGAUGAAGCAAGAUUUGACUAUUUUUGCAAUUCAGUUUUUUUAAGAGAAGAGAUUAAUUUUAUAAGUAAAAAGUGUUUUAGCCCAAUUUUAAACACUAAUAAAUGUGCAAUAAAAUAGGGAUAGCAAAAAUCAAGAAAACAACUCCAUGACCAAACAAAAGGAGUGAUUUAGUUUAAGUAACGCAGGCUUCAAAUAAAGACUUUCACAAACAACAA